AUGAAGAUUUCCAAUGCUGAGAUUGAUUCAUCGUGCUUCCAAAUAUCACAUAACAACUCGAACAUUAACUUCGACUUUAAGAAAAAAACCUUUUCAAAAUUACUCGAGCUUACUACAUCGCUCUUAUGGGUAACGACGAAAUUGAAUGCAUUUGUGCACUUCAUGAGCUCAACAAAUGUUGAAAGUGACGUUAUCCAAAUUAGGGAUCGUAAAAUUUUCAGAAUACGAUUUGCUGAAAAGCGGACAAAUCUUUGUCGGCCAGACAAAUUUUCCAUAAUACGAAAACAUCUCCUCGAUGUUGUGAAGAAUUGA